AUGGAGACGACGCCGAGGGAGUCGAAGCAGAUUGAUUUAUGGAUUUCUGAAUUCAUUACGUUUGGGGCUGCGACGGUUUUUAUCGGGUUGCGGUUAUUGAGUCGACGACUUACGAGAAUUGAGUUCUGGUGGGAUGAUUGGUUUGCGAUUGGUUGCUAUGCUGUAGCUAUCGCUUGGGUAGUGAUCAUUCCUAUCUGGAUCAAAGAUGCCGGACUUGGACUUCACAUCAACGACAUUCAUGGUCGCGGGACCAAGGCGGAAAUAUUGAUGCACAACAGUCUCAUCCUCUACGUUGCCGAAUUGUUCUACGCUACUGCUCUCUUUUGCGCCAAAGGAUCGAUCUUGAGCUUUUACUGGCGCAUGUUCCGAGUCACCAACAUCAAGCUUCCAAUUCAGAUCUUGGCCUGCUGUUCACUGAUAUGGAUUAUCAUUCGACGCUUCUGGGAUCCCUCUGCUGGAGGCUCUUGCGCCAUUGAGGAUAAGAAGUUCUUUUUCGGUACUAUCCUGGUCCACGUUAUGCUCGAUAUAGCAAUCAUUGCCCUGCCGAUUCUUCAGAUUCGCAAGUUACAGUUGCCUUUCUUUCAGAAGGUCGGUAUCAUGCUCAUGUUUGUGUUUGGUAUUGUCAUUUGCGCUUCAGCCAUGGUUAUCAUCGUGGCCUCAACCCAGUUCGAUGCCACGUCAGAGGAUCUAACCUGGAACUUGGUCACCAUUGUAGUCUGGGCUUCUGUUGAAGUGAAUCUUGUCACUGUAUCAACCUGCCUGCCUACCGUCCGCCCCGCCAUCCUAUACCUCUUCACUUGCACCAACCCGACAUCGACCAUCGGCUCCGGUUCCAACAGCUACGGACCCAGCUACGGCCGUAGUCAGACCAAGAACACGAUUCGACUGUCAACCCUUCCCAACAACAAAGACAACGACGAGUCAAGCUCCACUCAUCAACUUGCCGAUUCCGAUCAGGGCGGUCGAGGCUCAUUGUCUGACUUUGAGAGUCAUGCUAUGGAUCGAUACCGAGGAAACGUUUCAACCGUCACUGGUUGUGCCCAUGAUCAUGGCUCAGAAGAGUUCAACACUGGUUCGCCCUUUGGCGGAAUCAUGGUCAAGAACGAAACAACUGUUCGUAUUUCAACAGCUAGACAGUAA